AUGUCAACAAUCCUUAACAGUAACAUGAUGCUACCUCGUAAUGGUCCCCGUACCACUAUGGGUCUUUCGAGACUCUUCAUUGGGCCAAACACUUCCGUCAAUUCCAUUUACUACGACCAUGUCAAGGACUCCGCCAACGUUUACAAAAGAUUUGCAAGCUUCAGCGCUAACAAACCGUACCUCAAAUUGCCAAACAAACAAUUGAUCUUUAACAGAAAAAUUUUUAAGAACUCCCCGGGGUUCCACAGGCCUUCAAUACGGAGCGGCGGUAUCGGUAUCGCUUUCAAGAACCCAAGAGUUGCUUUUAGAGUAACGCUGAACACCAGAUUAUUCAGCAGUUACAGACAUUUGAAAAACAAACUUUCAGAAAUCGAUGCUGCUCGAAGAAAGAAACAACAAAGUGAUAAAUUCAUCAAAUGGUGGACCGUCACUUCCAUCCCCUUGGUGUUUUUCGGUCUUUUAGCUAGAGCAGAGUACAAAAAUCAACAAGAGAAAGCUGGUGAUGAUGAAGACGACGAUUUUGUGGUUAGACCUACCAGUUGGAAAUUUUUCGCUUAUCAAGCAUUGCCAUUAAAUGCAAUUUCUAGGCUUUGGGGUAAGUUCAAUAGUAUCGAGCUCCCUGUUUGGGCUAGAGAACCGGGGUUCAAAUUUUAUUCGUAUCUAUUUGGGGUGAAUAUGGAUGAGAUCAAAGAGGAUGAUUUGAAAAAGUUCCGUAACCUUGGAGAAUUUUUCUAUAGAGAAUUGAAGGAUGGGGCCAGAUCUAUCGAUAGCCAUGAAGUUGUUUGCCCAAGUGAUGGGAAAGUUCUAAGCUUCGGGAUGAUAAACGAACAUGGAGAAAUUGAACAAGUUAAAGGCAUGAGUUAUUCAGUUAAAAAAUUCUUGGGGAUCAGAAAAUCAACAUUGCAAAAGAUUAAAGAAGUCAAUGAUGAUGAAGCCAAUGAAAUUGACCAUCGUGAAUUUGCGAAAAUCAAUGGUAUAUCAUACACGGUAGAUGACUUGUUGGGGAUCAAUAAUGAUAAAGAAAUUCAUCAUUUUUUGAAGCACAUCAACGUCAAUCACAGAGGUGACCAAUCAUUAGUCACUCUGGAAAUUAAAGACAACAAACUUGACGCCACCAAACUUGUGGCUCAAGGAAAUCCUGCUAAAAAAUUGUUCUAUUCCGUAAUUUAUCUCGCUCCAGGAGAUUAUCAUCGUUUCCACUCUCCUACAAAUUGGGUGGUCCAAGCUCGUAAAUACUUCACUGGGGAGCUUUAUUCGGUGGCUCCUUAUUUCCAAGAGACUUUCCAAAACUUGUUCAUUCUUAACGAGCGGGUUUCUUUACUUGGUUAUUGGAAGCAUGGGUUUUUCAGUAUGACUCCAGUUGGUGCCACCAAUGUGGGUAGUGUCAAAAUAAACUUUGAUAAAGAAUUGGUGACUAACAAAAAAUAUGAUCCAUACAAUAGUAAUGAGAGAUUUGUCAAGAACUCUGUGUAUGAAGCUACCUAUUUUAACAACAGCAAGAGCCUUGGAGGUAUUCCAUUAAAUAAAGGGGUAGAAAUGGGAGGAUUUGAAUUGGGGAGUACUGUGGUAUUAGUGUUUGAAGCGCCAGCUGAUCAAUUUGAAUUCAAAGUUGAACCGGGACAAGUGGUUAGAAUGGGGGAAGCUCUUGGAGGAGUUAGAGAACAGUGA